AAUGCGACGGGAACGCCACAGCACCACCAACCAGCCAUGACGGGACGCGCUGCAGCUAUCCUCGUGUUGAUGCUCUCGCUCCCGGCGGCGGCCCAUCUCGUCGCCGCCGACGGCGUUGACGCGGACACCAUCCGCCUCCCCAGCGACGGCGGCGAUGGUCUUGCAACGAACAAGGGAGGCGAGGAGCAGACGCCUCCUGACAAAGUAGUGGCGCCGACGGAGAGCGCUGGCGGCGCCCUCGAAGCAGAGAAGCCGUGGGCGUGCUGCAACAACACCGUGUGCAAGGAGUCGCUCCCGCCGGUGUGCCGCUGCCUGGACAAGGUGAAGGAGUGCGCCGCCGCGUGCGAACUGUGCGAGCCGUCCGGAAUCAACCACGUCUGCAACGACUGGUACCGUGGCGACCCAGGGCCCAUGUGCGCCUAGGAGGAGUGGCCGUGCACGUGCUGCGACCGGACCGUCGGCACCAGGACGUUCCCUCCGACGUGCCGCUGCCUGGACGAGGUUGAGGUGUCAACGACUUGGUGCAAUACACGAUGGAUUACAGGGUUUAAUAAAAUGGAAAACGUUUAAAAUC